AUGCAGCUGACAACAUCUCUAUCCACUAAUGACACUCAACGCGUCGCUGAACAUACUCCUCUUUUAAGAGAGAUCGAACGCAACGACACACACAGAGACCCCGCCGGCGGGACGUCAGCUGCUUGUGGUUCCAAUUUUGCGGCUUAUCUUGAUAUUGUGUGCAUCGUUGCUGGAACUGGUAUUUUGGGCUUACCUUACGCGCUGAAACAGAGUGGAUGGAUCGGUAUGGGGCUCAUCGUACUUGCAAUGAUUGCUACCACCUACACCAGUAUCUUGUUAAUCAAGUGUCUUCACUACGACGGCCACACUCGCUUAACAUCCUACGCUGAAAUAGGCUAUCAUGCUUAUGGCAACGUCGGCAAGUACGUCGCUGGCAUCUUCAACGAUAUCAUUCUCCUUGGUGUUCCCGUUUUAUUCUUGAUAUUUGCGGCACAGAAUCUUAACGAUCUUGCCGUUCAUAAUUUCGGGAUAGAAUUGGGAACUACGACAUUGACCGUGAUCUGUGGGGUAUUUGUCGCUGUUCCGUUUAUUAUGAUGAAGACUAUAAAGGAGAUUACGAUCUUGAGGUUUGUUGCCAGCAAGAAUGACUUGACCGAUAGUUCCAAGGGAUAUCAAAAUUGCAAACCCCUCGUCGUAAUUGCUCUCUCUAUUCUCGACACUCCAGACAACCGUUCUGAUCUACCUCCGCCUAAACACAAAAUAAUAUCCUUCUCUGAAUUCCCUGUCGCGUUCGCCACGAUUUCAUUCUCAUUUGGAGGCAAUAGCGUAUUUCCUCACAUCGAAGAAGCUAUGCAAAAGCCAAAUGAUUGGGGGAAAGUAGUGACUAGUGCGCUGUCGACGUGUGCAAUCAUAAACUUGAUAACGGCCGGGGUUGCUUAUGGUGUUUAUGGCGAUAACGUGGCUAGCCCUGUGCUCUCUAGUGUGCCGAAUGGCCUCGCAUUAACCAUAGCAACGUUAAUGAUAACGCUCCACGUUCUUUUUACGACUCCCAUUCUCAUGACUGCCUUUGCUCACGAUGCCGAGAAAACGCUCAAAGUGACGCGAGAUCAUCUCACACCCAGGACCGAAUUUUUGUUUCGUUUCCUCUUCCGCGCUUUUCUUGUCGUUACUUCCGUCUUCGUGGCCGUGAUUGUCCCAUUCUUUGGUGACUUUAUGGCCCUCCUUGGAGCACUCGCGAAUUGUCUUUUAGUAUUCGUGCUGCCCGUAUUGUUUUAUCUGAAAUUAUAUGGAUGGAAAAGAGUGACAACGUUGGAGAUUAUCUGGUGCAUGUUUGUUAUGGCAAUUGGUACUAUUGGGUGUCUUAUUGGAUCAGCAGACGCGAUUUUAGCCUUGGUGAAGGAUUUCAGAGAGUCGAAAGUGUAA